AGGGCCAUGGUCGGGUGGUGGGAGAUGUGGGUUCACCCGGACUCACACCCUUCUUCCUUCUCAGGUCUUGUAUUCACUCAGCCGUGAUGUGAUGCCUUCUUUCUCCUUGUCUCGUGAGGUUAUUCCUUUUGGUACGUAAUGCUUUCUGGGACAGAGAGCAGGAGAGCUGAAGAAAGAAGCACGGUAUGGGACAGUGGCACCUACAGACCUGAUGGGUCGUUUCUGAGGCACUGACAGCUCCCACGCCACAAGCGUCAACGUCCUGGAUCCUGCUCGCCACAACUUCCCCAGCCACCAAGCAGGAGCGAGGCUCCAGUGGGGACCUGCCAGCCUCGUACCGUGACCUGCUGCUGGCCAGCACUUGCCCCCAGCUCCCCGCUGAGCUGAGCUGCUUCUGAGGACCCCAGCUGGGAACGAGGACACGUCCACAGCACAGCCGCUUGUAGCCACGAGCUGCUGAGCUCCAGGCACAGCGGGCCUGCCUCCGCUGGGAGAUGGCAGCACCACACAAGUGAGUGGCUGGGGAGCAGCCUGCGUGUGCCACCGGGAGCCAGCACAGCCCGGACAGCUGCGGCUUCACCUGCCGUGAGGGGGCCUGGCUGUCCUGGGCAGCUGCUUGUCCCAGCACCGCGGGGCCCUCUGAGGGGUUUGGAACAACAGAGACUGAUAGUGGGCCCAGAAAUGUCUUUUUGAGUGGAUUUGGAGUUCCCCUUCUGUUUGUUCCUCUGCCUCGUCCUCCAACGACACAGCUCCUCUCUGUCAGAAGGGCCGCAUGCCUUCCUGAACCUGCUCUGGUCCUGCUCUCUUCCCUGCCCCUCGCUGAUGACACUGGGUGGAGCUGAGCCCCAUAUCACCCUCUGUGCCCUUGUGGGACUGGGGUGUCAGGUUGGACCCUCUGCUCUGAGAGGUCCCACGUGAGCAAGGGACAGGCUUCUGGGCCAGCCCUGGUCGCUCCCAGUGGGAAGAGCCAUCUCCUUCCUGCUCUCUGGCUGGGGCCUGCAUCGCUGCUUGUGGCUGGGGAUGGCGCAGCGUGGCCCCACAGCCACUGGCCUGGCAGCAGAGUGCUAGCAGAGCCCCGGCACUGGAUGCAGUGCCACCUGGCUGUCACCGUGUCCCCACCAUCAGCUCCACUUCGUGCCGUGGGGCUGAGAGGUGCCACUGGCUGGCCAGGACGGCGGGGAUGUAGGUGCCGGGAGCGAUGGGCCGCUUGGAUGACCACGCCAAGAGAAGGAUCGUGGAGCUGCGCAGGGCCGGGCUGAGUUUCCGCAAAAUCAAGAAGGUGCUGGAGCUGGACAACAUCCGAGUGACGCCACAGGCUGUGUAUCUCUUCCUCAAGAGGAAGAGCGUGGAGCUGGGGCCAGCAGCGGGUGGCCGGGGUGGAGAGCAGCCCUGGCCCCCGCUGCAGGGGCACGAGGCUGAGCAACCCCAGCCUCCAGGCCCCCGGUCCCCCACUUUGCCCAGCGUGGCUCCCGCUGGCGGCCAGGAUGGCAAGGAGGGCACCCAGAUUGUCAGCGUGGCCUCGUUCUGCCAGGGCAGCAGGCAGCCAGGGGGGGCCCUGCCUGUGGGACUGCCUCCUGGGAAGGGUGAGAACAGUUCCACGGGUGCCCUCCCGGCUCUGGGGAGCUGCCAAACACCAGGGACCCCAUCUGCCCCCACACAGCCGCUGCCUGUCCAAGGGCACCUUGUCAUGCCCCCUGCCAAGAACCCAGCCCUGAUGGCAAAGAAGAAGAUCGGGGACAGGGCUCUUCUCCUGCAGAAAAAGGUCAAAGAUGCCAGCACACAGACCACCCCACUGGACCCCACGAGCCCUGGAAAUCAACACCUUGCUUGGGGCGAAGCAGUGCUUCCCCCUGCUCCUGGUUCCCACACCACUGCCGAGAAGCUGGACGCUGUACACGCAGAGAUCCAGAAGCUGAGCCAGGCACUGCACGUGGUGCUGGAGAGGCAGUGCCGCCUGGAGCGCCAGCAGGAGCACCAGCAGCGACUCCAGCAGGAGAUGCUGAUGAUGCUGCAGCAGCUGAGCUCCACCGUGAGCCAUGGCGCUGUGCCAGCCAACCAGCCCUGCGUCCCCUUCAGCAGCGUGGCUGAGCCCUCGCCCACCGUGCCAAACUUCAGCCAGUUCAAGAUGGAGCUCAUCUGACCCCUGCGCAGCGCCAAGGUGCUCUAUCGGGGCUGCCCCGGCCGCAGGGCAGGCCAGCACUGCCAGAGGAUGAGGUCCUGAAGCCUUCAGAGGCUGUGGCAGCUGCCUGAGGGCCACGUGGGGUGUCCAGCAGAGGUCAUUGCUGCUUCCCUGUUGCUCUGCCUCAGCCUUGUUGACUGAAAGGAGUUGCUGGGCACAAGGAAGGGAAAGCUCGCUUCCCCCUUGCUGGCCAUCCUGGCCGACCCCGGAGCUGACCAGUCCAUCCACGGACUGUAGCAGCUCGUGUGGGCUGCAAGUAGAAGCCGCAGCUGGGAGGGAUGCAGCAGGGUGGUGGUCUCGAGGUGAGGCUUCCUCUCAGGAGGGUCAGUGUUGUGACAAUCAUAGGAACACUCCCCCUGCAGGGUCUUAUUCAGUAAAAGGCUAUGGUUGAGAAACAUA